AGGAGAACGAUCGUCUACUUAGUAGGCUACUUUGCGGGCCAGAUACUCUAGAUAAUAGGGGUAGUGGUGCCACAAUUUCUGAAUCCAGUCUGGAAAUUGGCGUCGGGCAAAGUUCAGAAAACCCCUAAACGGGAUGGGAACCUUGACCCUCAGCGACAGCGAGGCCGUGAAAAUCGUGGUACCAUGGGGCCACAUAUCGGGUCGCUGGUACGGCAAUCGAAGCGAGCGACCCAUUCUGGCGAUCCACGGGUGGCUUGACAACCUGGGCACCUUCGACCGACUGAUUCCCUUGCUGCCCGACUACCUCGGGGUACUGUGCAUUGAUCUGCCGGGACAUGGAAGAUCCUCCCAUCUGCCACCGGGAAUGCACUACAGCAUUGACGACUAUGUAUUAGUAAUACCCCUAAUAAUGAAGGAGUAUGGGUGGACCAAGGUAUCUCUGUUGGGUCACUCCCUGGGAGGCAUCAUAAGCUUCAUCUACACAGCUCUGGCACCGCACACCGUCGAUCUGGUCAUAUCACUGGACAUUCUGCUGCCAAAAUUGAUAAAGAACUACCAGAAGAAGCUAGAGUAUUUUUCUGAGGGCUUCGAAAAGCAUCUGGUUGAGGAGGAGCGCCAGGACGAGGCUAAUCUCCACGAACCGCCCUCCUACUCGCUGCCGAAGCUACGCAAGGUCCUCGCCAAAGGAAGCUUCAAUUCGGUAGCCCCCGAGUUCGCGCAGCACCUGCUCUACCGACAGGUGACCAAGUCGCAGCUCUAUCCGGACCAAUUCUACUUCUCGAGAGACGGACGGGUGAAGUACUACUACACCAAGGACAUCGAUAAUGGACUGGCCGUAGAAAUGGCGGGACGCAUACGGAAAAAGCCUUACAUGGUGAUUAAAGGAGGAGCUUCCCCGUUUUUGGAGGCGCGCAACUUUAAGAUAUUCGACAUUCUGCGACAAAACAACCCGCACUUUGAGUUCCACGAGGUGGAGGGCGGCACCCAUCACCUCCACCUCCAUGCCGCCGAGGAGUGCGCCCGACACAUAGUGCCCUUCCUCCGCCACCAUCGGCCACCGCCUCUUUCCUCGUGGUCCUUGAACGGAAAAGAGGUCCAGAUUAGUGCCAGGGAGCGAAGAUUAGAGCAGGAGAGAUUUUUCGAACGAAGAAAAAUCAGUAAACUGUGA